AUGGAUUUGCAGAAUAACAUGCAGCCUGAAUUGGGCAAAUUGGAGCAAAUUGUUUAUCAAUUUCUUUUGAAGUGCUUGCACAUAAUUUUGGACUCAAGGGUACCUUUGUUACGCCCCCAUGAUAGAAGUGGUGACUUGUCCGUAGGUUCUCGUGUGAGGAGAAGUGACAAGUGGUUUAACUUGGCGUUAGGUGAUAGGCCUUCUGCUCUGGAUAACUUGCACUUCUGGCACAGGAAUUUGAUGGAUCCAAUGAUAAUUGACAUUAUACUGGUUCAUGAUGUGGCUGGUUCUUCUGUUGAGACAGUCAUAGAGAGGUGGGUCGUUCAGUAUGAUUGUCCCCGUGUAGUGGCUCCUCAUACUGGUGACAUUACUAGCUCUUACAAGAAGACAUACCAGAAGUCAAUAGUGCUUUUUCGAGCUCUUUAUUCUCAAAUGAGGCUUCUCCCUGCUUAUAAGAUAUUUAGGCAGUUAAGCACAUCUAGUCAUAGUUGUAAUUUUGAUAUUGUUUACAAGGUCUCUUCAUUUAGUGAUCCUUUCUCCAGGGCAGAAGGGGGAAUGAUGGCAGAAUACAAGUUCACUCCUAUUGAGACUCUUCCUGGUCGCCUUUGUAUAUCUGUGACCUAUCGAACUGCACUAUCUGAUUUCAACCUUGAGUGUUCAGCUUCACUGUCAACCAAAAUAAUUACCGAUUAUGUUGGAAGCCCCAAUACUGAUCCUUUAAGGUCUUUCCCUGUCUUGUAUAAGGGUGUUCGUGCCACUUCCUUUCCACUAAGAGGGAUAUCACCACCAUCUUCUGCGCCUCUUGAUCGUCCUCAUAGCUGGACUUGUGGCUUCCAUAAAGCAGCUCCUCUUGCACAGAACCAUCCUUAUGUUGGCUCCCCGCCAGUGUAUCGAGGUUCUCCCAAGCCAUAUGAUUAUCCAUCCCCACCUACUGAUAAUUAUGGUGUCAGAUUACCCAACUGUCGAGUGCUGAAUUGGCAAAGAUCUACAACUUAUGAUGAGUAUCAACUUUCUCCUCCAUUCUCACCUUCACCAUCUCCAUCGCCACCUACAUACUUCUGUGGUAGCAAUCCAAUGCAAACUCGCAUACGCUCUGAAACAGCCCCUGUAACUAUACCUCAUUCAGUAAUGGGCAAAAGCUCUAGAAAUCUUUCUCCUAAUUUUUCAGAUCCUAGUCGAAAUUCCCUGCCUCCUUUAUCUCCCAGAAGGAAUGAUGGUUCAUUACAAGAUUCUCCAUCUGGAAUCAGGUCACUCAGGAAACUAGAAGCUUCAAGGACUGGUCAAAAGUUUGUCAGAGAUAGCAAGGAUGAUUCAGGGAGGUUCUCAGGAUUGUUUUCCUCAAGUGGGUCACCACGCAUUGGACUUUCUGGAACCUCAAGUAGAUUAUCAUUUCAGGAUGAGUUGGAUGAUGGUGACUUUUCGUGUCCUUUUGAUGUUGAUGAUGUUGAUGCACCAGAUGUUCAAUCCAGCCAGAAUGUGGAUGGGAAGAGUGCAGCGGAGAUCACUUCAACAUCACUGCCAAUUGGAAGAAAAUCACAGGAUGCUGCUGUUGGUGUUCUUGUGCAAAUGCUCAGGACAGCACCUCCGUUGCGCCAAGAUCCAAGCUGCUAUUCAUCCCAUUCCCCAAAGGCUGAACUUGAUGGAGGAGUUGCCACUGCUUCUGGAUUCUUCAUGCCGCGAAAGACAGCUGAUGCACUUGAAGAGCUCAGGGGUUACAGAGAGAUGAGAGACCUUCUUCUCUCCAAGAGUGGCACUAGGAUCCUGAACAAGCAUAAAGCUUGA